CGCCGCGGGCAGGAGCCGGGAUGCAGCGGGCGGCGCUGAGCGCGGUGUGCGGGGCGGCGCGGCAGGCCCCCCCGGUCCGGUUUUUCCGCGCCCCCCCCCCGGUGCUGGCGGCGGAUAAGGAAGCGCUUUUGCAGUUGCGGCGGCGAACGGGGCUGCCCUUCCUGCAGUGCCGGGAGGCCCUGAGGCGCUGCGGGGGGGACCUGGGGCAGGCGGAGGCCUGGCUGGAGGAGCAGGCGCAGCGGCAGGGCUGGAGCAAAGCCACCGAAGUGGGGGGCCGCCGGACACCCGAGGGGCUGGUGGGGUUGCUGCGAGAAGGGACAGCGGCCGUCAUGGUGGAGGUGAACUGUGAGACGGAUUUUGUAGCCAGAAACGCCGAAUUCCAGCGGUUGGUGGAACAAGUGGCGCUGGGCACCAUGGCCCACUGCCGCGCCGCUGCCACACCGCCCGCCUCCUGCAGCAAGCACUUGCUGCAGCCGGACGAACUAGCCCAGCUCCGGACAGAGCCUGGGGGGGCUCUGCUCAGCGACCACCUCGCGCUGGCUAUAGGGAAAUUAGGUGAAAACCUGACCCUGCGCCGCGCCGCUUGGCUGAGGGUGCCGGAGGAGGACGGUUACAUCGCCGCUUACGCCCACGGGUGGCUGCCGGCGCGGGCGCCGGUGGCCAUGGGGACGUACGGGGCGUUGGUGGCCUGUCGGGUGACGGAACCGCGUCCCUCGGUGACGGUCCUGGAGGAGGUGGGACGGAAAGUGGCCCAGCACGUGGUGGGGAUGGCACCCACCGCCGUGGGGACCCCCCAGGACCAACCCCAGGGGGAGGCGGAGACGCGGCUGUUGGCGCAGAGUUUCCUGCUGGAGCCCGCUCUCACCGUGGGGCAGUUCCUGGGGGCGCGGGGGGCACUGGCCGUGCGGGACUUCCUGCGCUUCCGCUGCGGCGAGGAGACCCCCGCCCGGGAGGGGUAGAGUUUCGGGGGGGGGGGGGGUCACAGCCCCAUAGCGAGCUCGGCCCCACAGCGAGUUCAGCCCCGCAUCCCUGGGGCAGGAUGCAGCCCCACAGCAAACUCAGCCCUGUCUCCCGGGGGCAGGAGCGGCCCCACAGCGAGCUCGGCCCCACAGCGAGCUCAGCUCCACACCUCUGAGGCAGGAUCCAGCCCCAUAGCAAGCUCAGCCCCACACCUCAGGGCACGAUCAGCCCCACAGCGAGCUCAGCCCCACACCCCUGGAGCAGGAUCCAGCCCCUCAGUGAGCUCAGCCCCACGUCCCUGGGGCAGAAUUGGCCCCAUAGCAAACUCAGCCCCACGUCCCUGGGGCAGGAUUGGGCCCUCACUGGAAGCCCCAGGGGUGGAGGAGGGGUUUGGGGGGGGGGGGGGGUGUACCCUGCCCCCCUGAGCCCACUAGGGGGGGAGCAUAAGCCCCCCUGGCAUUCUGGGGGAGGGGACAAGGCAGAAUAAAGCUGUGGAGAAACCA